AUGUCUUACUUCGAAGCGUGUCCAUAUUCUUCGUCUGCAGAUGCAUCCACAUCUUCCCCUGUAUCAACUAUCCCAUCUGGGUACAGCACCCCUGCUUCUGAGAUCGAUGUGCCUCCAUCUUUCGAGCCGAAUGUAUCCAAUGCUCGUCGAUCACAGUAUGUUCUCGUGGUUGGCGGCCUAGGAUAUAUCGGCAGCCAUACGUCAUUAGAACUGCUCCGGGCUGGCUUCAAUGUUAUUAUCGUCGAUAAUCUGGAUAAAUCGUACCUGACGACACUGGGCCGCAUCAAGGCACUGCGAGAUGAUCACUACCGGAACAAUACGUGGAAUCCGUCGCUCACGUUCCAUGAAGCUAACUACCGAAACGAACAUGCCAUGUCUCUCAUACUCAAACGGUAUGGCGCUGGACUGUCUGGCUCCGCCAUCGAAGGCAUCAUUCACUUCGCCGCUCACAAGGCUGUUCCCGAAAGUAUCCAGCAGCCACUGCGGUACUAUUCCAACAACGUAGCCGGCAUGGUCCCCUUCUGCUCUCUACUGGACAGCCUGGACAGCCUGGACAUCAAGAACCUCAUCUUUUCUUCAUCCGCCGCCGUCUAUGGCGAAGUUACCCCCAAGACAGGGCUACGGAUAAGCGAGAACCAUUGCGGCUGCACGGCGAUCACAAACCCCUACGGCCGUUCCAAGUGGAUGUGCGAGGCUAUUCUGAAUGACUUGGCAGUCUCCGAUCCAGAGUGGUCUAUUGUGGCUUUGCGCUACUUUAACCCCAUCGGCUGCGAUGCUUCUGGCAAACUAGGAGAAGACCCUAGGACAGAACCCGAUAACCUCAUGCCUAGCUUGCUGCGAGUGAUGAGCGGUCGAAUGCCGCAUCUCAAGAUCUUCGGUACCGAUUGGGAUACUAGGGAUGGCACAGCCAUGCGCGACUUCAUCCACGUCAGCGAUCUAGCUCUGGGCCAUGUUGCUGCUCUCAAAGCGGUUGGUGAGUCGCGGUUGAGUCCUGGAUUUCACACGUACAACCUAGGCAGUGGCAAUGAUCAAAUCUGCCGUGAUCCCAAUCGCUUACCUUUAUUCUUUGCCAUGUUUACCAGCGCUGCCCUCCUAUUGGCUCUUGUUGCAUCUCUUCUCCUUGUUCAGGUCACUGCAGAAUGUACUCAAUUCUCGACCAAUGGCUCGACAGCAGCGACAUACGACUUCUAUCGCUUCUACGACUUUAGAAACCUUCGUGGAAGUAUUGAUGGCGAUGCGGCUUCUGCCUCGUCUUACGGACAGGGUUACACGGCUACUGAUUCAGCCAAUGGUCAAUCAAAGCUUAUCGAAGCUGCUCCCUGGAUUUCGGGUUGGAAUGCUAGAGACUGGUUUAGACCUUCGUCUAGGGAUGAUACAAUAGACAUGCACUACAAACCGUCUCGCGUGUCAAUCAGCAACAAUACUGAACUAUCGAACGAACACUCUACAUAUCUCACCUUGCAUACAACGAGGCUACCAGACGGAAGCCAGUUGGCGGCUGAGCUUGACUUCGCGGAGUACAAUGUCACAUUCGUCUCCAUCCGCAUGUCUGCACGCAUUCACGGAGCCAGUGGCGCAAUCGCUGGCUUCUUCACGUACCACGACGACACCUCUGAGUCGGAUAUAGAGAUUCCGACCGGAGGUUCGGCGGACGAAGUACACUACUCCAACCAACCUACCACCAACCCUGACACUGGAGAGCCUAUCGAUGGCGCUACAUUCAAUGUGUCAAUGGAGGCUCAUCAGCCUACCUCGACUUGGAACAACUACAGACUGGACUGGGUACACGGGCGAAGCGCGUGGUAUAUGAACGGCGUGCAAUCAGCAGACACGGAAGUAAACGUGCCGGACGCGGAGAGCAUGAUCAUCUUGAGCCUUUGGAGUAACGGUGGUGCUUUCUCGGGGCGGAUGGAUAGUGGUAAAGACGCUUGGUUCAACAUACAAUGGGUCGAACUGCUUUUCAAUACGAGUGCUAGCGCCAGCACGGAUAGCAGCGGAACAGUAUGCUCAGUAGAGUCAUCGCUAGGUUCGCCGACACCUAAUGCAUCUCCUUGUCUCCGAGAUCUGGUCACUGAUUGUAUUUGGUGGGUUGUUGGGAUGGCUUCAACAGUGAGCUUUAUGGUGUUUGUAUAG